GCGGCGGGCGGCCUGGCGGGCGAUGUGGCGGCGGCGGCGGGCGCGGGGGGGCGGCGGGGGGGGCGGCUGGUGGCCGGCGGUGCUGGCGUUGGUGCUGGCGCUGCCGGGGGCGCGGUCCCGCCAGCUGUACUCGCCCGCUGACCCGCUGGAGCUGCUGGGGCCGGGGGCGGAGGGGCGGCUACUGGGCUCCCCCAGCGCCUGGGCCGUCGAGUUCUUCGCCUCCUGGUGCGGGCACUGCGUCCACUUCGCGCCCACAUGGCGGGCCCUGGCCCACGACCUCCGCGAGUGGAGGCCUGCGGUGAUGCUGGCAGCCAUCGACUGUGCUGAUGAGGCCAACCAGAAAGUGUGCGCCGAUUUUGGGAUAACAGGCUUCCCCACGCUGAAGUUCUUCAGAGCUUUUAGCAAGAAAGCAGAGGAUGGGAUAAGGAUUACCAAUCCCAGUGCCACCGUCGAGGACCUGCGCCAUGCCAUCAUCGCCAACCUUGAGCAGAGCCAGGACGCCUGGCCGCCCGCCUGUCCUCCGCUGGAGCCAGCAAGUGCGGAGGAGGUUCGCACCUUCUUCCAGAGGAACAAGGAGCAGUACCUGGCUCUGAUCUUUGAGAAGAGCAAUUCCUUCGUGGGCAGAGAGGUGGUGCUGGACAUGCUGCAGUACGAGAACGUGGCAGUGAGGAGGGUGCUGAGCAGCGAGGAGGAGCUCGUGGAGAAGUUCGGUGUCACCACCUUCCCCUCUGGCUACCUGCUCCUCCGCAAUGGCUCCUUCUCCCGCCUGCCAGUGCACACGGAGGCACGCUCCUUCUACACCUAUUACCUGCGCGCGCUCUCGGGCGUCACCCGUGGCUCCUACAAGCUGAACACAACCGUCAGCGCUUCCAACGAGACCACCCCAUCCCAGCCAAAGCAUGCUGACCGCUCCAAGUUGUACAUGGCUGACUUGGAGUCCACACUGCACUACUCGCUGCGGGUGGAGGCUGCCCGCCCUGCCACGCUGUCAGGAGCCCAGCUGGCUGCCUUCAAGUGCUACGUGGCCACACUGGUGAAGUACUUCCCCGGGCGCCCCUGCGUGCAGACCUACCUGCAGUCCCUGGAUGGAUGGCUGAGGAACUGGACGGAGCCCGAGCUGCCCCGCAGCGCCUUGAAGGAGGCCGUGAAGAAUAACAGAGAUGCCUCCCACCCCGCUGUGCUCCCCACUAACGUGACCUGGGUGGGCUGCCAGGGCAGCGAACCCCACUUCCGUGGCUACCCCUGUGGGCUCUGGACCAUCUUCCACCUGCUGACCAUCCAGGCUGCCCAGAGCGGCCCUGACAAAGAGCUACCACUGGAGGUGCUGGGCACCUUGCGCUGCUACGUCCAGCACUUCUUCGGCUGCCAGGAGUGUGCCCAGCACUUCGAGGCCAUGGCGGCCGAGUCCAUGGACCAGGUGGCUGGCCGGGAGGAGGCUGCCCUCUGGCUCUGGUCCCACCACAACAAGGUCAACGCUCGCCUGGCGGGAGGUGAUACGGAGGACCCCAAGUUCCCCAAGCUGCAGUGGCCUCCACCGGACAUGUGUCCCCAGUGCCACAAGGAGGAGCGGGGGGUGCACGCCUGGGAUGAGCCAGCCGUGCUCACCUUCCUCAAGGCGCACUUCUCCCCUGCCAACAUCUACCUGGACUAUACUGAGGCCGACCCCAUCCCCGUGGCUGGGGAGAGGAUCAGCACCAGGCUGAGCACCGAGGGCCCUCGAGAGGAGAGGGAGGAGGAGGAGGAAAAGGAGACGGAAGGUGAGACGAGAGCUCCGGGGCGACUGGGCUCCCCUGAGCCGCGGCGCCCCAGCAUUGUGCGGCUGAACCCCAAGCUGCGGGAGGUGGGAGAGGACAUCGUGGACCUGGACUCCUUCAGCGAGCAGCACUUCAAGAGCCAGGCGCUGCGAGCGGCGCCGGGCCGACGCCGGCGGCUCAGCAAGCGGGACACCAUCGCCCUGCCCCAGGAUGCCGGGGCGGGUCGGGAGCACCGGCGGGCUACUGGUGUCCUGGUCCGGGAGGAGGAGGAGGCUGGGGAGGGUGUGCGGAGGAGCCCCUGGCUGCGGGUGCUCGGCUUGGGCUUUUCCCGCCUGGACAUCAGCCUCUGUGUCGCUCUCUACUUCCUCUCCUCCAUGUGCCUGCUGGGCAUGUACACCUUCUUCCGACUCCGCACCCGCUCCCGCAAAGGCCGCCCCGGCUUCCCCAUGGCCUGAGAGCGGUUGUAGGGGGCCAGGGGCUGCCCCCAGGGUGGGUGGGCUGCUGAGCCAGAGAUACCCCCAGGACAGCAUCGUGUCCCCCGGCGGGAAGCGGUUUGGUGCGUCCCCCUGGGAGCUGCCCCACUCGCAGC